AUGAUUCCUGACAACGGCGCUGUGCUCAACAUCGCAGGCAACUUCUUCUAUGGCGACCCCAUGCUCUACGCCGAUGGCUGCCAGUUCUGCCCCUCGGGGGUCAUCCAGAAGCCCCUCGUCUUGACACCAGCAGACCUCAUCUACACUUCUGGUGGCCGCUGUGUCCCCGGAGGGGCAGGAGGAUAUGUUGAGAUGACACGUGCAGGGGCCAACAAGAAGGGCGAGGCAAGUCUGCGGCGGAACUGUUUCACGCUGAGCAAGCAGAUGGAGUGCACGGCGAACGAGACGCAGCGCAGCAGCGACGAGUGCCUGGCAUUCUGCAGCUUGUCGCGGGAGCUGGGGCCGUGCGACGGGCACGGAGCGUGUGUGCCGCCGCAGGCUGGAGCAGCAGAGGCGCGCUUCACGUGUGAGUGCGACGACGGCUUCGUCCCCACCAACGGCACCCUCGGCUCCACCUGCGCCCGCCCUGCUCCGCCCCCUGCUGCUGUUGGGACGCUGAAUCUCCUCGUUUCAAUUCUCCUCGCAAGGUCUCCGCCCCUCUUUGUUCUUCCCUUCACCUCUCCAGCGCUCUCCACGGGUGCAGUGGUGGGCAUUGCUGUGGGCUCUGCUGCUGCCUUUGCUCUCCUCCUCACUCUCGUUGUCGCGCUGCUCUGGCCCCGCCAACGCCCCUCCUUUUCUUCCCCUUUAACCCCCCACCUCCUCUGGCAGGUGCGGGCGAUGGCGUCGCUGCGGCAUGAGCACGUGGUGCGCCUGUUGGGCUUCUGCCUGCAUCAGAACGUGGAGAGCGGCCAGCAGGAGCAGAUCCUCGUCUACGAGUUCGUGCCCAACGGGGACCUCAAUGUACGCAUUUCCUACUUGCCACAUUUGCUGCAAGAGAUGCUGCUUUGCCACUCGCUCUCUUCAAUCACGAAUCUGUUCUUCGUCCUUCCCCCUCACCUUCCCCCUCACCUUCCCCCUCACCUUCCCCCUUCUCCUCCCCUCACCUUCCCCCUUCUCCUCCCCUCACCUUCCCCCUUCUCCUCUCCUCACCUUCCCCCUUCUCCUCCCCUCACCUUCCCCCUUCUCCUCCCCUCACCUUCCCCCUUCUCCUCCCCUCACCUUCCCCCUUCUCUACCCCCCAGCACCAUUGACCCUGAAGCAGCGGCUGCAGCUGGCGCUCAUUGUUCUCUUCCCCUCCCCCUCUCCCCCAAGCCGCCGUGCAAGAUGCAGGUGUACGGGCUGGGCAUUUACCAAUCCUCCCUUGUUCUCUCCGCCCUCCCCUCCCAGGCAGCGCGCAAGGUGCAAGUGUAUGGGCUGGCUGUCUCACAAUCCUCCCUCAUUCUCUCCCCCCAUCGCCCCUACUCCCAGGCGGCGCGCAAGGUGCAGGUGUACGAGAUGGGGGAGCUGAAGGACGCGGGGCUGGAGGCGCCGGACGAGGCGGUGGUGAAGCUGGCAGACAUCGCACUGGACUGCCUCAAGAUGCCCGCCUCCCGCCGCCCCCCCAUGAAGGACGUCGCCCGCCGCCUCCAGAACAUGCUCUCGCUCUACUGCAGCGAUGGCGACCACUCUUCCGUUGUAGACCCCAGCCUGAGAAUGGAGGGAGAGGAUGUGAGGGGCGACGGUGGCAGCACGGACACGUUCGGGAGGAGCGAGUUGUCGGAGGGGACGAAUGGAGUGUCUGCUUCCAAGAGUCUCAUCCAUUCGCUGUCGGAAAAGUGGCGGAUGAUUGAGUAG